UUAUCGCCAGAUUCAAAAAUGCGACUUUUUCCAGUUUACUUUGCUAUAAUCUUCCUGUUUCAAUAUGAAGUCUGCUCCAUAUCGGAUACUAUGAAAACCGAACUACGAUCCUGGUUUGGAAACAUAAAGCAGCUGCAAAAUCCGGUAACGCUCAACACCCUGAAAAAGCUGUGCGUUGUGGAAGUGAUGCGGGGCAGCAAACAUCGGAUAAAUGUUGGCAAUAUCGACAUUUCGAAUAAGAAUACUUUGGAAAACUUCAUCAAGCUGCCGAGCAUUAAAAUGCCGAACAUUACAAUUGUCAUCGUGGAAGAUGAGUUGUCCAAGAGGGCGAGAAGCGGGAGUCAGUACAAGGAACGGGAAAUGGAGAAACUAGUUUCACAUUUUAAGGAAUGUAUACUUGCAAAACUUAAGGCACUAUCUUAGUUACAAGAUAAAAUUAUCUUCUGAAAGAAA